UUACCCGUUCCCAUGCACAACAAUUACUCCUUUCAUCAUUUACCCAACAAGAGAGGAGAGUAUUUGACCAGUUAACGGAAGCUUUGAAUUCCAAAAGACCCAUCUUCUCCUCCAUGCACCCCAAUUGGAAAUGGAGCUGAAGUACCAAACCCAGUAAAACCGAAAACCCAAAAACCAAAGGCGACUCCAUUGUAACACCAGAGAGUUGAGUGAUUCAGUAAAGCUUUGAUGAAUAUAAAUAAUGCAGGAGGACUGGAGAAGUUUUUCAGUGGGUCCUAUUGUUUGGCUUAAAAAUUUUGACCAGACAUCUCUGCCUCUCUUUCAAGACUUCAGAGGAUUGGGGACCUGAAAUUCAAAAUGGUAUUCUGCUGGUCAUUUGAAAUCAAUAACUCAUGACGACUUUUGGCACCUUGGGGACCCAAGAUGUGGGACUGAAAACGAAACCAUCUGAGGAGUUUUCCAAAUCUUCUUGGUUUUGAAGGCAAGAGAAUUGAAAAGCUAACACUCCACAUUGAUAUGUGGUGUCUGAAGUCUCUGGCAGAGUUUGAACGAAUGCAGAAGCAGCUUGCACUGUCCCUCUUGAAGAACAGCGAAGCAACCAAAUCCUUGAUGCAUUUAAAGAGUCUCCACGUCUACUUGAUAAGAACUGGGCUGCACCAGAGCAACUUUGCAAUAGGAAACUUCGUGGCACACUGCGCCCAUGUGGGUGCAAUGAGUUUUGCAAACCAAGUGUUCACUCAAAUGCUCGAACCCAACUCCUUCGUUUGGAACACCAUGAUCAGGGGAUUCCAACAGAACCAUGAACCCCAAAAGGCCCUUCUACUCUUUCGUUGUAUGAAAUUCCGAAACAUUCCACCCGAUUGCUUCACCUUCCCCUUCGUCAUCAGGGCUUGUGCGAGUUUGCAGGAUCUUCGUAAAGGACAAUGCAUCCAUGGGCUGUUGUUUAAAAUCUGCGUGGAUGCAGAUGUUUACAUAGCGACGAGUUUAGUAGAGUUUUAUGCAGCUCUUGGGCAUACGAGGGUUGCUCACAAGGUGUUCGAUGAAAUUCCUGCUAAAGAUCCAGUGUCUUGGACGACCAUCAUGGCCGCUUAUGUGAACCAAUGCGGUGAUAUGAAUAUAGCCCACCAAAUCUUUUGUGAAAUGUCAGUGAAGGAUCUUGUAGCCUGGAAUACCAUGAUCGGAGGCUUUGUGAAAAUUGGGGACAUGAGACUUGCUAAGGCGCUAUUUGAUCAAGCACCUGUCAAGGAUUUGUUAUUGUACAAUACACUGUUAGGGGGCUAUGCAAAACAUGGUGAAGCUGAACUCAUGCUACGGUUUUUUCAUGAGAUGCCUGAGAGGGAUUUGGUGUCUUGGAAUUCAGUCAUUGGGGGCCUUGUACAGAGUAAGAAGAUUAAUGAAGCUAUGGUAUUAUUUCACCAGAUGCAAAUAGAAGAUCUGAAGCCUAAUGAGGUGACACUUGUGGGUGUUCUUUCUGCUUGUGCUCAAGUAGGGGCAUUGGAUACUGGGAGGUGGAUUCAUUCCUAUAUUGACAGGAAUGGUUUUGGCUUGAAUCUCUUGGUUGGGACUGCCUUAGUUGACAUGUAUUCUAAAUGUGGGUCUUUAGAGGGUGCACAACUUGUUUUUGAAAGAAUGUUGGAAAGAGAUGUUGUGGCCUGGAAUGCAAUGAUCAUGGGAUUUUCUAUGAAUGGGCAAAGUAGAAAGGCAUUGGAGUUAUUCUAUCAAAUGAGAAGUGGAAAUGUGAAGCCCAAUGAAGUUACAAUGAUUGGGGUAUUGUGUGCAUGCACUCAUGCAGGAUUGGUAGAUGAAGGACAAAAAUGGUUUUAUGCUAUGCACCAUGAACUUGGUAUUGCCUCCAAGAUUGAGCACUAUGGAUGCAUGGUUGACCUGCUUGGUCGUGCAGGCUUGUUGAAGGAAGCUUAUGAAUUCAUCCAAGCUAUGCCUCUUAUUCCACAUGCUGGGGUUUGGGGUGCCCUACUUGGUGCAUGCAAGAUGCAUGGCAAUGUUGAGCUUGCAGAACAUGCCAUCAAACACUUGAUUGAACUUGACGCUGAAGAUGGGGGUUACUUGGCAAUCAUGUCUAAUAUAUAUGCUAAUGCUGGUAGAUGGAAUGAUGUUGUGAAGGUGAGGGAGUUGAUGAAAGAGAAAGGAUCUUCGAAACUGCGUGGAUGUAGUUCUAUUGAGAUAGACGGUGAGAUUCAUGAGUUCGGUGUAGAGGAGAAUAUCCACCCUCGAGCCAAGGAAAUUUACAAAAUGAUAGAUGAGAUGUCCGAGCAGUUGAGGAUCGCAGGCCACGUAGCCAGCACAAAUGAAGUGUUCUUUGAUGUGGAAGAGGAAGAGAAGGAGAAGGCACUAUUUUUCCAUAGUGAGAAGUUGGCAAUUGCCUUCGGACUUAUUGCCACUAAAAAAGGGGUUACCAUACGCAUUGUGAAGAACUUGCGGGUCUGUGUUGACUGCCACUCUGCCAUAAAGAUCAUUUCGAGUAUUUUUGAUAGAGAGAUAGUGGUCAGGGAUAGAAGCCGAUUCCACCAUUUCAAGGACGGUUCAUGUUCUUGUGGGGAUUAUUGGUGACUCCUUUUAACUCGUAUUCACAUGGUAAUGGUUCAGAUUGAAUCCUAUUCCGAUGAAUGAUACAAUCCCAUCUGCGACUUCAAAUAUAAGAAGCAGAAGCUACAUCUUAGAUUUAAUGGUCUGGACAUUAUCAAAGAAAGGAGAAGCUUUGAAUACUAGAUUUGAAAACUAAUCAAAUGUUUACAUGGUAUACAAAAGAAAGCAUAUAUAGUAAAUGAAAGGGUAUUAUUUGUCUGUAGAUACAUUAAUUUCAUGACAUAGGAGUUCCCUAUUGUUUCUUCAAUGACCUAAGAUACAUCCUACAAUGCAAGAUUUAUGGUUUAGUCUC